AUGUUUUUAUCAAAAAUAGCUGCUGUACUGUGGACUACCGUUAUGGCAGUGAAGUAUCCUAAUGAAAUUUCGGAAACUCCAUUAGUCUUAUGCGAACCAGAGCGGAUAGUAGUCAAGAUUCGCACUACCUCAUCAAAUCCUUCACACAUCUAUGCUGAUGAUUUUGCUGAUGAUCCAGAUUGUUCAUCUCGGAAUAUGAAUAAAAUCUCAUUACGACAUGGAAAAUGUGGUAUGAGCACUGAGCGAACGGAUAACCCAGCCGGAGUGAUUCAACGCGUAUGCAUAUCCGUUCAAUUACAUCCAUUAUUCGUCACCGAAUCGGACAGAAGCUAUUGUGCUCAGUGUGUCUACGUACAAAGUCGUGUCCUUGACGAUCUUGAGUCUUCGCUGGACAUCAGCGAAGCGCUACCGACCGAGCUUGCGCCGACUUUCGACGUGGAAAAGAUUCCCAAGUGCACUUAUACCAUUCGAAAAGGCUCCGAAACUGGACCAGAGGUGCGCUAUGCCACCGUCGGCGAGAGUGUCUAUCAUGUAUGGAAAUGUCCAGGAGAAAAUACUGGAAUUCUCGUACAAAACUGUUAUGUAGAAGAUGGACAAGGCAACAGAAUUCUUGUAAUUGAUCAGAAUGGUUGUGGAGUGGAUCAAUAUGUGAUGCCAACACCAGAAUACAGUGAGGAUCUGACGACAGCUUUCCAGGAAACCCAUGUCUUCAAAUUUGCUCAGAAAACUAUUACACGAUUCAUUUGUCAGAUUCGGAUCUGCUUACAAAGCGAUGAAUGCAAAAAACUUUCGCCUCCAUCAACAUGUCCAACGCUAGAAGAACGAUUAAUGAAUACAAAGGUAGAAAGAUCGGAGGACGAAAAACCAUUUCAGCGAGCUAAAGACCAAAAACCAUUCCCGGUUGAUGACUCACGAUCAUCCAAAGAAACAGCGCCACCCUCGGCUCAGCCGGUUCAGGAUAUUAAGCGGAAUGCUAACGCUACUCUUGGCAGUAUAUACUUCGGUUAUAGCUACGAUUCCACGAGAAGUCGACGAGAGCUGUCCGAACCACGAGUAUCUACGACUAAAGGCUAUCCUGAGGUUGACCUUGUGGGUGAAAUUCGGGUACUGGACUCACCCGAAGACGUCAUGUACUUUGAGCGCAAAGCAAGCGCGAUACAAGGUGAAUGUGUUUCAAAAGUGGCUUACUCCCUCGUCGUUGCAGCUUUGGUGAUUGUCUCGAUUCUGUUCAUAAUGAUGGUGCUUGUUAUAGUAUUCAAAACGACAAACUACAGAAAUAAGAUUAUACGAUUCGAAAAUUGA